AUGACGGCUAAAACUCUGGAGAAGGGGCCGAUGGCUCUCGGGGGGUUCGAGAACGGGUUCUCCGUGGAUGACAUCACCGCCGGCUUGCCCAACUCGGAACUGGGAUCGCAUUACGAGCACAUCAGUGCGGCUCCAGAUCCCUUAAUGAGCGCAGAUAUGAGCGCAGAGCGGCGUCGUCCGGACCUCCUCGCGUCAUACCCGGGCGGCUUCCCGCAGCCGUGUUCACACCGCAACCAGACCUUCGCCUACAUGGGGAAGUUCUCCAUCGACUCCCAGUACCCCGCGAACUGGAGCCCCGAAGGACUCAUCAACAUCGUCUCGGGCAUCUUUAACGUCGCCCCGCCGCCGCCCCCUCCUCCUCCUCCAUCCGCGUCGUCGUCCUCUUCUCCGGCGUCCUCGGCUUCUCCCGGUCACUUUUCGAGCAGGAAUUGGAGUUGCGCCAUGACUGCGGCCCAUCCCGGCCAAGCGGAGCUCGACCCCCAUCCGCUGUACUCCCCCCCGCCGCCGUACUCCUCCUCCGCCUGCGCGGAGCUCUACCAGGACCCGUCCGCGUUUCUGCCCACGUCCACCUGCCACGUCGCCUCCUACCCUGGCCCCAAGCAGCACAGCGCCCAAGACCUCUUCCCGACCGUCCCGGACUACCCCGGCUUCUUGCAGCCGGCUUGCCAGCGAGACGCGCACGUCCCGAGCAUCCCGGACCGGAAACCUUUCGGCCCGUGCUCCCUCGAUGCGUUCCGCGCGCCGCCACCUUUGACCCCGCUGAAUACGAUCCGAAAUUACACGCUCGGCGGUCCGAGCCACGAGGGCGGAGGCCCGCCUCGGCUGGCCUCGGCGUACGGCCCCCACGACCUCCCUCUGAGGCCCAUCCUGCGACCUCGGAAGUACCCCAACAGACCCAGCAAGACGCCCGUCCACGAACGCCCGUACCCGUGCCCGGCGGAGGGCUGCGACCGGCGCUUCUCCCGCUCCGACGAGCUCACCAGACACAUCCGCAUCCACACCGGACACAAGCCCUUCCAGUGCAGGAUCUGCAUGCGCAACUUCAGCCGCAGCGACCACCUCACCACGCACAUACGCACGCACACGGGCGAGAAGCCGUUCGCCUGCGACUUCUGCGGCCGCAAGUUCGCCAGGAGCGACGAGAGGAAGCGGCAUACGAAAAUCCACCUGAGGCAAAAGGAGAGAAAGUCCGCCGCGCCCGUCGGCGCGACCGACCGCGUCGCUGGCUCGUAA